CAUGAUUAAUUCCUUAAUCCUCAAAUCCACCUUCUCCUAAUCCCUUUUCUUUCCAGCCCAUUCGAUUUUUUCCAUUUUGGGCGGAAAAUUCAAGAAGAAAUCACCACAACCCAUAUUCAUUUUGAUUUUCAGAAACCCUAAAGUUGCCCCUUUUCCUUUGAAUCUUCCAGAUUUGACUUCAGGCAUUAAGGGCCAAACCCAUAUGAUCCAUUCCCUUGGUUUUCGAAAAGGGUGUGGAGAAGCACAAAUACCCAGAUUUGGAAGUAGCAGCUUUCUUGGGUCGAUUCUGAAUUUUAAUUUUUCUUGGGUCGAUUUGAAGAACACCGGUUUUUUCGUCUGAGAAUAGGGAGAAAUCAAGGAUUUGGGACAAUGUUAAUUUUUGACCCAUUUUCUUGAUUUACCUGAAGAACUCGAAAUCGGAUUAGGCUAAUGCCCAAACCCUAGUCUCUUUUUUGGGUUCUGGAUUUGAAGGUGACAGGGGAAAGGGGGCCAACCCCCAAAAUUUUCAUUCAUAUUCAGACGCAGGAAUCCAUUGAAAUACCUUGAUCGAAUCCUGAUUUAUUUUCGGUGUUGAUAAACCUGUUGCUGUUCAUGGAACCACCACUAAGAUUAAUGUUUCUAAGUAUUGCCCUUGUCUUUGCCGUCUAUUCUGUUCCUGUUCAGUCACAAUCACCAAAUAAAGGGAACCCUCCACUACCACCGCCACCUCCCCCCAUUCCUCCACCUCCUCCCCCUCCUCCCCCUCCCCCUCCUCCUCCUCCUCCUCCUCCUCCUUCUCCUUCCCCCCCUCCUCCUCCCCUAUCUUUUCCCCCUCCUCCUUCCCCUCUUUUCCCAUCUCUACCACCUCCACCAUUGCAUCCUCCGCCACCGCCGUCAAAACUUUCUCCUCCGCGACUGCCACCAACGCAUGACGGCAGACCUAAUCAACAGAGACGGCUGCCACCUCCACCACCAGCAAGUAAUCACAAACUGAAUGCGGGGAAGAAGAUUGGGUUGUUGUUUGCUGGCAUCAUAACAAUCUUGCAGAUUGGUGUAGUGGGCUUCUUGGCUUACAAGAGACGGCAGUUGUUAAAGUAAAGAGAUUUUAUAGUGCUUGAUCCUGUUCUUCUUCAUGAAUUCUUCAGUUCCAGUUUCUUGCAUUUAUUUAUUUUUUUGCUUCAGUGAAGUGGAUUGCAGUGUUGGGAACUUGAUUGGAUUGUAAAUUUCUUUGCCAAGCAUUUCCAAUGUUGGGGCUUUAUUGAAUUGAGAUUCUUUGACAUGCUGCAUGAGGUUCUAUGUUUCAGAUUGAUUGGAUACCAGAUGUCUACCGUUUGGUCCUUAGAGGUCCUCUGUAAAUGGGUAAAUGUUGAUUGCCUUUUCCUUCAUCUUCUUGUUAUAGUUUUCUUUAAUUUCUUAUUAUUUUUUAAAAAAUUUUGGGUGCUGUA